GUCCACAAUCCCAGAAGUAGCCAGUGUCAGACGACGAAGGAUUUAGAUGCACUGAACCUCUUGAUCAAACCAGGGGUUAAAGGAUAUUGAAACAACACAUAGAUUAGUAGCUACAUCCAUAGCAAUCUGGAAUUGUCUUCUCUCCUGAAUGAAAGUACGCUAGUUUGCUCUGGAGGUUGGUACAAUCAACAUUUCAAGACCUCGCCGACUUACUACCACUAUUCUGUUGCCAACUUCAACAAGGGCGACCGACACCAUUCGUGUCGUUAACGUUAGCCACUAUGUUCAGCUGGUCAAAUAAAAACGGGAAAAAAGACCCCGAACUUUUUCAGAAUGUUGCUGACGGUUUGCGGCGACUCUAUCGGACUAAACUAUUUCCCCUGGAGGACGCUUAUCGAUUCCAUGACUUCCACUCACCUGCACUUGAGGAUGCCGACUUCGACAACAAACCAAUGGUUCUCCUGGUCGGUCAAUACUCAACAGGAAAAACCACAUUUAUCAGACACCUUAUGGAGCAAGACUUUCCAGGGAUGAGAAUCGGACCCGAGCCAACCACAGAUUCUUUCAUCGCGGUGAUGCACGGCGAUCAGGAUGGUGUAAUACCGGGGAACGCCUUGGUAGUCGACCCCAAAAAACCCUUCCGUAAACUCAACGCAUUUGGCAACGCGUUCCUUAACAGGUUCAUGUGUGCUCAGAUGCCCAACCCCGUUCUGGAGAGCAUCAGUAUCAUCGAUACCCCUGGAAUCCUGUCAGGGGAGAAACAGAGAAUCAGCAGAGGGUAUGACUUUGCAGCGGUACUGGAGUGGUUCGCCGAGCGUGUGGACCGCAUCAUCUUGCUGUUUGACGCACACAAGCUGGACAUCUCGGACGAGUUCUCGGAGGUGAUCCGCGCCCUCAAGAACCACGAGGACAAGAUGCGUGUGGUCCUCAACAAGGCCGACCAGAUCAGCACCCAGCAGCUCAUGAGGGUUUACGGCGCCCUCAUGUGGUCGCUGGGCAAGAUCAUCAACACACCCGAGGUGGUGCGCGUCUACAUCGGGUCUUUCUGGGCACAGCCCCUCCUGGUGGCGGACAACAGGAAGCUGUUUGAGGCGGAGGAGCAGGACCUGUUCCAGGACAUCCAGGGGUUGCCACGCAACGCCGCGCUGCGCAAGCUCAACGACCUCAUCAAGAGGGCGCGUCUCGCCAAGGUGCACGCCUACAUCAUCAGCUCUCUGAGGAAGGACAUGCCCAGCGUGUUUGGGAAGGAGGCCAAAAAGAAGGAGCUGAUCGCUAACCUGAAAGACACCUACCUGAAGAUCGAGAAAGAGUACCAGAUUUCACCUGGGGACUUCCCCAAACUGGAGAAGAUGCAGGACCUUCUGAAUGGCCAUGACUUCUCCAAGUUCCCUGCCAUCAAGCCCAAGCUGCUGGAGAAUGUGGAGGACAUGCUGGCCAACGACAUCGCCCGCCUCAUGACCUUGGUCCGCCAGGAGGAGGCGUCCAUGCCCAGCCAACGGGUGAAGGGCGGCGCCUUCGAGGGCACCAUGAGCGGCCCGUUCGGCCACGGGUACGGGGAGGGCGCCGGCGAAGGCAUCGACGAGCUGGAGUGGGUUGUGGGCCGCGACAAGCCGUCGUACGACGAGAUCUUCUACACGCUUUCGCCCAUCAAUGGGAAGGUGUCAGGCGCUGCCGUCAAGAAGGAGAUGGUGAAGUCCAAGCUGCCCAACACGGUACUGGGGAAGAUCUGGAAGCUGGCCGACGUGGACAAGGACGGCUACCUGGAUGAUGAGGAGUUUGCGCUGGCCAACCACCUCAUCAAGGUGAAGCUGGAGGGUCACGAACUGCCCGGGAAGCUGCCUGAACACCUGAUUCCACCUUCAAAGCGCAACUUGCCGAUGGAAUGAUUUGGCGGCGGCUGGGUACUUUUUCCUUUGGCCCAGCCCAGUCGUAACCCCUAACCCCUGAGACAAGGAAUUAUUUCUGGAAGGAGCCAAAAACCACACGCACCAGAGAGAGACUUGGGGGUGGGGUUGUGUCUAGGUAUGGAAAGGACUUAAUGGAACAAAGCACACCUAAGAUGGGGUUUAUUACUGCAUGAUGUGAAUGGGAAAAUAAUCAAAUACCUAACUAAAGAAAUUUUUAAGUAAUAUUCUGUUCAUGUUGAUACAAAGAAAUGAAAUAGUUGAUCCUUUCAAUGAAGAAAAAAAAUCUAACUUUAGAAUGGUUGUUUCUAUAUUUUUGUAUUUCCUGUCUGUUGACCAUAUAUUACUUUAAAUAAAUACUUAUAGAUGCU